AUGAUCCACCCUAGAAAGCGAAGCUGUGCACCUCAACCUGGAGAUAGAGCAAUCAAGAAAGCAAAACGCCAAUCGGACGCGGUUACAGCCUCUGUAUGCGAGGACAUCAUUGACCUGACGCUAAAUGAUACUGAUGACGGCAACGGUGCACGGGAUUGCGCCGCGAGCGCUUCGAUAGCAGAAGCAACAACCCUCACUAUGCGAGCGACGGCCUCUGAUGACGGACGUCUUCCAGGUACGUGUACGGCGGCAAAUUUAUCCUUCCAGGGCAAUCUGGUUCGAAUUCACGUGGAAGGGGUGGAGAGGAACGUGGCUAUUCUUGUCUGCAAGCCGCUACCGCUCCUGCUGAGCCGGUUUGCCAUCACGCUGCAGGCGACGAUCUGUGGUCGAGCACCGAAGUCCAAUUUUGAGAAGGUGAAACACCCAAAAGGCAAAGCUGCUACCAGCCUAAGUAUCACGACGGGCGUCAGGUUCUACUCACUUCGGAUAAUUGUCUACGGUUCGAUUUCCGAAAAGGAGCGAGUAGGGGAAUUCCUAGCCGCGGAGGCCAUGUUUUUGCAACAUCCCCAUCCAUCCGAGAUCAAGUGCGGCGUGCAAUAUCUGAACCCCCAGUACCUACUCCCACCGGGUAGUGAGACUAUGCCGUCGCCCGAUCAGCUCUCGAUCUCGACAUGCUGUGUGGGCAGUGCAAGGCCAGGACUGGAUGUACUGACUGAAGAGGAGAAGAGCGCGAUCUAUCGGAUUUUCAAUACUACCAACGCUUCAGGGGAUAUAAAAGUAGACAUCAAGCCUAGUCCCCGGCUUACCACAGCUUUGAAGAGGCACCAAGUUGAGGCUCUAGUUAUGAUGAUCGAGAAAGAGGAGGGGAUCUUCGAGGGCGCACAGUUUCCCUCCAUGUGGGUUCCCUUCACGGGGCCUGACGGCAAGUUCCGAUAUCAGAAUAUCGUCACCAAGCUGUUCGAACUCGAACGUCCAGUUUCUGUCCGCGGUGGGAUUUUGGCAGAUGAAAUGGGAUUGGGAAAGACACUCUCAAGCCUUGCGCUUAUUUGCCACUCGCUGGACCGGCGGGAACAGGCUGCCCCAACUAGUAUACCACGAGGAACAUUGAUCGUUACUCCAAAGUCAACAAUAUACGGAUGGGAAUCACAAAUCGCGCGCCAUAUCUGCCCGAGGCGAAUCAAGUGGUUGACCUACCAUGGCAGCGAUCGUCACCAAUGGCAUAGUACGCUAAGCGCAUACGACGUUGUAUUAAUGACCUAUGAUACUUUGAGAGCCGAGGAAGGAAGAAAAGACUCAUUGCUCGAAUACCAGUGGGAACGAGUCAUUCUUGACGAAGCCCAUCGGAUUCGAAACCCGUCCUCAAAGACCUUCCAUGCAGUCCACUCUUUACACGCCCAAUACCGAUGGUGUCUCACGGGAACGCCCAUCCAAAACCGCCUGGAGGAUUACGGUGCGCUGCUAAGCUUUAUCAGAGUUCCUCCCUUCGAAUCCGCCAAUGCCUUCAAUAAUUUGAUCAUAGGUCCGGCUUCGAGCAAGCAGACAGACAGCCUCGACCUCUUGAGAAAGGUGGUAAGUGCAACGUGCCUGCGACGAACAAAACUGGACUAUGCGGCCACUCUCUGCUUGCCCCAAAAGAGCGAGCGCAUCGAGCGAGUGCAGAUGGAGCGUGAGGAUCGGGAAAUUUAUGAGUUCUUCAAGCGCUUCUCCUAUCUCCGGGCUGCGAAGGCCAUGCCGACGAAUACAGGGAGGGCCCAGAUCCUCGUGCUGAUCGGUCUUCUGCGGUUGAUUUGCAAUCACGGCGCGGCGCUGCUGCCGGAAGCGGCUCUUAAAGUAUGGCGUGAACAGGAUGACACAUCCCUCGCCUGGAAAGCGCUAGAAGCUGAGACGAGACAAUGCGCGGUAUGUAUCCAGUCUGUCCCAGAAUCCCGCUCCGAAGGGUCCCAGAUGGAGGAACUGGGCUGUGGUCACUGCAUCUGCGAGACUUGCGCAGCGGGCGUUAGCCAGACGCUGUGCCCUAAGUGCGAAGCUACCCCAGAUCCCAGCCCGUUUACAAAGGCGCCAUCGCCGUUACGGACGAGCGUUAGCAACACUCUCGCCAUGGACUACAAUCCAUCCGCUAAGGUCAAGGCCCUACUGCACAACAUCACUCAACGUCAGGGCCUAAGCGAUAGCACCACCGCUGCCAUAAAAUUUGUCGUCUUCAGCCAUUGGACCAAGAUGCUCGACCUCAUCGCUACUGCCCUACAGAGAAAGGGCCUGUCAUUCCGGCGAAUUGAUGGACGAUCCACCCUUAUUCAACGUAAAGAAGCGCUAGAAGUGUUUGGCAGCGAUCCUGAAUGCAACAUCAUGCUUGCCAGUAUUGGAGCGGCGGGUGAAGGGAUUGACCUCACGGUGGCGAACUCAAUUCACAUCGUGGAGCCCCACUGGAAUCCGAUGGCCGAAGCGCAAGCCAUUGAUCGCGUGCACCGCAUCGGUCAAAAGCGUGAUGUGGAAGUGGUCAGGUACAUCGUGCGCGAGUCGAUCGAAUCGUAUGUUCAAUGGGUUCAGCGGGAUAAACUUCGCUUGAUCAACGUUGUGCUUUCACCUUCGGACCGAUGUACAAAGGAUAUCACGCAGGAACGGUGGAAACCAUCCUCCAUGCAUGCCAAUGCCUGA